AUGGCCACAACCCCUGCAGGGCGUAUGCUGUCUCGACAGCUGGAGCAAAUGCAGGCCGACAAGGAUAUUCCUGGAAUUAGCUGUGGACUGGUAGACAACAACAUCUUUGAGUGGGAGGUGAUGCUGAUGAUCUCCGACGAUGUGAAGCUCUACGGCGGUGGUUUCUUCCGUGCUCGUCUCUCCUUCCCAUCGGACUACCCGCAUAUGCCGCCAAAGAUGAAGUUCGAGACACCUCUCUUCCACCCUAAUAUCUAUCCUAACGGUGAAGUAUGCAUCUCCAUCCUUCAUCCUCCCGAGGAAGAUAAGUAUGGAUACGAAUCCGCCUCGGAACGCUGGUCCCCCGUUCAAACUCCAGAGACUAUUCUCUUAUCGGUCAUCUCUAUGCUGUCGAGCCCGAAUGAUGAAAGUCCAGCCAAUGUGGAAGCUGCACGGUUAUGGAGGGAAGAUCCGAAAGAAUUCAAGAAGCAGGUUCGAAGGUGCGUUCGGGAAAGUCUGGGCGAGGAGUAA